AUGUCACGCCAGAACAACAGACAUCUCCAGUCAUGUCGUGAGCUCCAUGUCGUGGUACUGGGCGCUGCCCAAUUCGUCCACAAUGAGUGGAUCGAGAGUUACGAUCCCACCAUUGAGGACACCUACCGUACACAGCUCCAGGUGGACGGACGGCAAGUCGUCUUGGAAAUCCUUGACACUGCAGGCACGGAGCAGUUCGUCGCCAUGCGUGAUCUGUAUAUGAAGUCUGGCCAAGGUUUCAUUUUGGUCUUCAGCAUCACCUCGUCCUCGUCAAUGACCGAGAUCGAGAUGCUGCGCGAGGAAAUCACCCGUAUCAAGGACGACGACAACGUUCCCAUUGUCAUCGUCGGCAACAAGGCCGACCUGGAGGAGCAGCGAUCUGUACCCAGACAAAGAGCUUUCGCGUGCUCGCAGAUGUGGGAUGCACCCUACUAUGAGACAAGCGCCAGGACACGAACCAACGUCGAUGCCGUCUUCGUAGAUAUCUGUCGUCAACUUCUCAUGAAGGAUGAGAAGAUUCAGAACCAGACCGCCCAUGAAGACGACGAGCACGAAAACGAGAAGAACCCCGGCCUUAUGAGCUUCGCCAAGCGGAAGAACCGAAGGCGGAAACGCCCCGACGGCCACCGAUGCGUUAUCCUGUGA